AUAAAAUACUGCGGGUUCCUCACUGAUUCGAGCACUCGUGCGGGAGAAAUAUAACAUCUUCUGCUCGGCGGUUUCCGCCGCCGGAGAUGUCUAUUGGAGUGCGUUACCUCACUGUACUCCGAGAGUUCAAGCCCUUUGGCCUCACAUCCGAGGAGCAGGACGGUAAGCCAGCAGAGGGCGUGCCAGAGAAAUACGAUUACUUUCUUUUUGGUCCGGAGGUCACCCGCGAGAGGGACGAUGUACCCCCCUUUGACAGCGACUUCUCUUCCGCUGGUUCAUUCUUCGAAUGCGGCGACCAGGAGCUAUUCAUUAGAGGAAACCGGAUUAUGUGGACCAAGGGUUUCGAAGUUCAUAAAAGAUAUAGCUCUACAAACAAUAUUAUUACUGCUUGCUGGUGUCGCAUGGAUGCUUUCCCUGAUGCACUUCUUUGUGUUUUAGAAAUCAAUAACUUAUCAAUAUACUAUGUAUCUGGUGAGGUUAUCUGUAUUCCUCUUCCUUAUACCAUCUCAAACAUUUGGCCCCUUCCAUUUGGUUUACUGCUACAAAAGUCGACAGAUGAACGCCGCACAUUAACAACUACUAGUUCAAUAUUAUAUGCACGAGAUAUUACUCGUACUUCAAAGGAUUAUCGUUGCCGGCGUUAUACUGCAAAUCAGCAUAAUUACUUUGACCCAACUCUCAAGGAAGACGGGGCUGCAUUAUCAUCACACUUGAUUUUGAAGCAUCCUAUGGGCGAACUACAGGCAACUUAUAUUGAAGAAAGGGGAAAAUUAUCUGCCAUGAAGGAUUAUGAGGAGAGGACAAUAUGGACAAGUGAUAUAAUACCUUUGAUGGCAUCAUACAAUAAAGAUAGGCUGCAGCAUUCUGUCUGGCUUGUAGAAGCUGCAGAUAACUGCAACAACGCUGAUGCUGGUACCUUGACUGAACGAAGUCCAAGUGAUUUUUGUCUGCACAAGUUCUCUCUUCGAAGGAUAUGGCAAGGAAAAUGUUCUCAAUUUGCUGCUAGUAAGGUGUUCCUUGCUACUGAUAGUGAUGGGGUUCCUAUUAUAUGUUUUCUGCUGCAAGAACAAAAACUACUUGCUGUGAGGCUCCAAGUUGAUGAUGGAGGUGAUGGAGUUUCUAUUGAUGUGAGGCCUCUCAUGAUCUGGAGUAUCCCUGCAAUUUCUGCUGCUCCAGUUUCUGUGACACGCCCUAGGGUCAAAUUGGCACGCCUAUCCUUCAUGGACAUAAUCGUGUUGGACUGUGAAAGUUGUCUUCUUCUCUAUUCAGGUGACCAAUGUCUAUGCAAGUAUUUAUUGCCAGUUGGUGUGGGAAGGGAUCCUAUUCCACAUGAUGAUAAUUCUUCAAAAUUACCUAGUGUCUCCCAAGGCAUGAAGAUCGUUGGAAUUGAUAAUGCUGUGGAAGAACGUUUAAAUAUAACCGUUAAUUCUGGCCAGAUAUUCAGAUGUACAUUGCGUACGAACCCAACUUCUUCUCUUGCAAAUGAUUGUAUAAUGGUGAUGGCUGAAGGAUUGCAUUCUUGUUCAUACAAUCAUGUUUUAAGUCUACUCUGGGGAAGUGGUUUUUCAACAAACUCGCAAAAUAAUAAUUCAAAUUCGGACUCUGAAUGGGAAUCUUUUUUAAGUACAGCGCACAAAAUCAUUGAUCUGCUUCAGUCUAGUCAUCCUUGUUUCCCUAAAAUGCCUACCACUUCAUGGGAUUUUCUGAUUAGUAGCAAUUUCCAUGCUAACUACGGUAAGCAAGUUUCAAACUCUCAUCUUUCGGUGGUGUCUGUAUUGAGUUCUAGAGAUUCUCGCCCUACUGCUGUUCACGUGCAUGACAAGAAAAGCCGAGAAGUGCUUUAUUAUACACAGCUUUUGUCAGAAAUGCUAGAUUCAUUGCAUGCCCUUUACGAGACCUUGAAGCUGAAUAAUCUUCGCAAGCAGGAUUUGUGGAAACUCGUUGUUCUGUUGUGUAAAAUUGCUGCUUGUUUAGGUGAGGCAAGAUAUGUGGAUUAUUAUGUUCGUGACUUCCCAUUAGUUUUAUCUGAUAUUUAUUUCUUCCAAAGGACUGAUACCCUAAGAACACCACCAAGCCUCUUCAAGUGGCUUGAAACUAGUCUACGGAGGGGAUGCCAAUUUGCUGAUAAAAAUGACCUUCCAUCUCUUAUUUUUAAAGGCAAUAGUAAUACCUUAUGCUGGGCAAGAAAAGUUGUAUGUUUCUAUAGUUUAUUGUUAGGUGCUGAGAGGAAUGGGAAGAAACUCUCGACUGGGGUAUAUUGUGACAUUGCUAAGGGAACUGCCCAAACACCGGAGGAACUUACUGUCUUGGCUAUGGUUGCUGAAAGAUUUGGACAUCCACAGCUUGAUUUACUGCCUGUUGGUGUUUCUCUUCCUCUUCAUCAUGCAUUGGAUAAGUGUAGAGAAUCUCCUCCUUCAGAUUGGCCUGCAGCAGCCUAUGUUCUCGUCUGUCGUGAGGAUCUAGCAAUGGCAUCUUUUAGGCCUUUGAACAAAGAAGAGCACGGACAAAACAAUGUAAAUUUAGCAUCUUUUUCACCAGCCUACAGGCUUCAUUUGCGGCCUGUGACAGUUCCUUCAUCUGUUUCUGAGAUUACAAGAGUGGGUAGUACUAAAAUAGAGGAUGCAGAUGCCCCUAAACCUGUGGAAGAUGGCAUGGAGCACAUUUUCAACUCAAGCACACAGUUACGUUUUGGUCGUGAUCUUCGUUUGAAUGAGGUUAGACGCUUAUUAUGUUCUGCAAGACCUGUGGCUAUUCAAACACCUGCCAAUCCUACUGCCACUGAUCAGGACUUCCAGCAGCAUCAAUUAUGGAAUCUUGCACAAAGAACAACUGCUCUACCAUUUGGCCGUGGGGCAUUUACUUUAGCCACUACUUACACUCUUUUAACCGAGGCACUAUUUGUUCCAAAGCUUAUAUUGGCUGGUCGAUUGCCUGCGCAACAGAAUGCAACAGUUAAUUUGGACCCAAAUUUAAGGAGCAUUUCGGAACUUAAAUCUUGGCCAGAGUUUCACAAUGGGGUUGCUGCUGGACUGAAACUAGCACCCUUUCAGGGGAAAAUGUCCCGAACAUGGAUUCUAUACAACAAACCUCAGGAACCAAAUUUCUCUCAUGCUGGAUUACUUUUAGCUUUAGGCUUGCAUGAGCAUUUACGUGUUCUUAUGAUUAGUGAUGUCUAUCGAUAUCUUUCGCAGGAACAUGACAUUACUACUUGUGGGCUAUUGCUCGGCCUCUCAGCAUCCUAUAGAGGAACAAUGGAUCCUGCAAUAUCAAAGAUUCUUUUGGUUCAUAUUCCAUCUCGUCAUCCAUCAACUUUUCCUGAGCUGGAAUUGCCAACAGUUUUACAGUCUGCAGCACUAAUGGGUAUUGGACUUCUAUACGAAGGGUCAGCACAUCCAUUAACUACAAAAAUUUUGUUGGGUGAAAUAGGGCGCAGAAGUGGCGGUGAUAAUGUGCUUGAAAGAGAAGGUUAUGCUGUCGCAGCAGGAUCUGCUUUGGGGCUUGUUGCUCUAGGCAGAGGCAAUGAUGCAUUUAAUUUCAUGGAUGCUUCUAUUGAUCAGCUUUUCCAGUAUACUGGCAGCAAAGGAGUUAACAAUGAGAAGCCAUUUCACAUAGGACCAUCAUCAGAUGAUCACAGCCGAAGCAUUGGGCAGAUGUUAGAAGGGACACACAUCAAUGUUGAUGUAACAGCACCUGGAGCGACAAUAGCACUAGCUCUUAUAUUUUUAAAGACAGAAUCAGAAGUUGUUGCAUCAAGACUUCAUAUCCCUUCCACUCAUUUUGAGUUGCAGUAUUUGAGGCCUGACUUUAUCAUGCUUCGGAUCAUUGCUCGUAGUUUAAUUAUGUGGAGUAGAAUUUGCCCAUCGAAAGGUUGGAUCGAUUCCCUGGUUCCCUCAAUUGUGAAUAUUGGGAUUGCGAUGUUAACAAAUGAUGCGAAUGAUAAUGAUGAAUUUGAUAGACAGGCUCUUGUACAGGCAUAUGUUAACAUUGUUACUGGAGCUUGCAUUUCUAUUGGGUUAAAGUAUGCUGGUACUAGAAAUGGCGAUGCACAGGAGUUGCUUUACAACUAUGUCAUUUUCUUUCUUGGCGAGAUAAAGUAUGUUUCUCACUCUAGUAAGAAUGAUUUUCCUAAGGGACUCCUGCAGCAUGUUGACCGAGGAACUUUGGAGAUGUCAUUGCAUCUAGUUAUUCUUUCUCUAUGUGUGGUUAUGGCUGGUUCUGGUCAUCUACAGACGUUUAGAUUACUAAGGUACCUUCGAAGCCGAAGUUCCGUGGAAGGUCACAUGAGUUAUGGAAUACAGAUGAGUAUAAGUUUGGCUAUUGGAUUUUUGUUUCUUGGAGGAGGUGUACGAACCUUUUCAACCAGAGAUAGCGCUGUUGCUGCUUUGCUUAUAACUCUCUAUCCACGUCUGCCUACUGGACCAAAUGAUAACCGUUGCCACCUGCAGGCAUUCAGGCAUUUAUAUGUCAUUGCUGCGGAGUCUCGCUGGUUGCAAACUGUAGAUGUUGACACAGGUUUGCCUGUUUAUGUUCCUCUUGACGUGACCGUCCCAGAAACUGAUCAUUUUUCAGAGACUAGCUAUAGUGAAGUAACGCCUUGUAUUCUUCCCGAGAGAUCAAUGUUGAAGAAUGUUCGAGUUUGUGGGCCUAGAUAUUGGCCUCAAGUUAUAGACCUUUUACCUGAAGAUAAAAGCUGGCUGAAAUAUGUGGUCAAGAGUGAUCCUCUUAAUGGUGGCCUCCUUUAUGUAAAACGAAAGGUUGGAUUUUGUUCAUAUGUGGAUGAUCCGAUUGGGUGCCAGUCUCUGCUCUCACGGGCAAUGCACAAGGUCCUUGAUAAACCAAGCUUGAGCAAUUCUUCCAGUAGAUUCAGGGAUGAAUGCAAGCGGGGCUCUAGUGGAGUUGAUCAAUUGGUUGGCACCUUUUCAGCUGAUCCAAGUUUGAUAGCUUUUGCUCAAGUUUGCUGUGAGUCCUCUUGGAAUAAUGGAGACGAUGUCAGUUUCCAGGAGUUCUGCUUGCAAGUAAUUUUUGAAUGUAUCAGCAAUGAUAGGCCAGCUCUUCUGCGGAUUUACCUCUCACUGUACACAACAGUUGCAUCGAUGUGGGAGCAGGUGAAAAGUGGCUGCGUUGUUUUUCAUGACUUAUCUUUUCUACACAGUUUGAAGCUUGCAUUAGCCUAUAAUGAAGCUUCGAACAGUGGAAGACUGUCUAGUCCACGAGGAGGCAUAAUACAGUCUACUUUUUUGGAAUCAAUCAAGAAGCAUGUAGAAGAAAUUCUUAAAAGUUCCUUAGGGUUGAAAGAUUGUUUGAUCAACUAUAUAAACUUGGAUAAUUGGACUCAUAACCUGUCUGGGUUUCCUCAACGGGAAGCCAUUCUAUUUUGUUGGUAUCUUCAAUGGUAUUCUGUACCACCACCUCAUGUAGUCAAGGAAGCAGUGCAGAAGAUCAAGGCAAAGGUUCCAACCUCCUCAUCCAUGGUUCCUCUGCUUCGAUUAUUGUUGCCUGAUACUCAUAUCAGAGCAAUUUCUGAAAUUGAUGAGCUCCUGCUAUCAAGUGGCUGAAAAUAAAUCGACCGUGAGUGGUGCAGGGACAGAAUUUUGAAUCACCGUGAUCUGCAUUUGGUCUGUCUGGACAGCUGAACGUUGCUGCUUCUAAUCUUGACUAUCACUGAAUCGUGGCUAUUGGAACGUUUGACAUUAUAUAGGGUGCAAGAACAUGCGGCAAUGAAGAAAAUAUAUUUCUUUCCAUUUGCUUGGUCAUCAUAAUCAACCAUUAUAGCCACGUCUUGGUUUACUCGGUUUCAUGUUAUUGAGCCGCUGAACUAGGGUUUUUUUUUUUUUUUUUAGUACUAUUAGGCAUUGAUCAGUAGAUCAACCAUUAUAGCAUCUUUGUUUCUUGUUAUACCAGAGUUUAUGUUACCUGUUAGUGGUAAAGCUUUACAGCGAUGCUCUCGACUUUUUAAUAAUCAUUUUGAGGUUAGUACUAUUAUAUUUUUUAUUAAUUUAAUUUCAAUAUUAUUCUGAUCC